AUGCGGGCUCGGCCCGCGCUGCUGCCGCUGCUGCUGCUGCUGCUGCUCGCGGGGCCCCGGCCCGCCGAGCCUGCGGACGCCGAUAACAAACCCCGCAUCUCUCCCAUCUCUGACAUUGCCCUCGUCCCUCAGCAGGCCCCGUGUUUUGCAGAGUGCCGGCAGCAGCCGCAGCUGGGCCGCAGCGUGGCGUCCUGGAUCGUGGGGGGCCACGAGGCCCCGGAGGGCGCGUGGCCCUGGGUGGUGAGCCUGCAGGUGCUGCGCGGCGCCGGCCGCUUCCUGCACCUCUGCGGCGGCGUCCUGCUGGGCCCGAGAGCCGUGCUGACCGCCGGCCACUGCGUGGACAGACGGACGGACCCGUGGUCCUGGCGAGCCGUGCUGGGCGUGCACAACCUGCAGAAGCACGGCCCCCAGACAGCGAGGAGGAGGAUCAGGAGGAUCAUGGUGCACUCGGAGUUCAGGAGGGAGACCUUUGAGAACGACGUGGCGCUCUUCGAGCUGAAGUCGGCCGUGCGCUACAGCCGCUCCAUCCAGCCCGCGUGCCUGCCGCCCGCGGCCCUGCUGCCGCCCCUGGAGAACAGCUCCGACUGCUCCAUCAGCGGCUGGGGACGCACCAGCGAGAAGGGUAAACUCUCAUCUGUGCUGAAGCAAGCCCACGUGGGAAUCCUCCCUCCCAGCCUCUGCAACAGCUCGGAAGGGUACGCGGGGCUGAUGAACGACAAAGCGCUCUGCGCCGGCGCCUGGGCCGGGGGCACCGACUCCUGCCAGGGUGACAGCGGGGGCCCCUUGGUGUGUUACCACCCUGGCAGUGCCAAGUACUACCUGGUUGGCAUCGCCAGCUUCGGGGUGGGCUGCGGCCGGCCCAGGUACCCCGGGAUCUACGUGCGCCUGUCUCAGUACAGAAAAUGGAUCAAAGCCAAGGUCCUGCUGACCAACCAGACUCAGAACCCCAGCGGGGGCACCACACUCACCAUCCUCCUGGCUCUGCUCCACACGCUGCUCACGCAGGCUUUGUAGAGAGGCAAACCACCGUGUGCUCCUCCUGGAGGUCUGGCCUGCCUGGAAAAGCUCGGAGAAAGCGGCUCCCUCCCUCCUGACAAUAAAUCCAAGAGCCAAAGGAUGUGCACUUACUUUGCAGGAGUCAUGUUUGCCAUUGUAUUUUUUGUUUCCUGCCUCUGAUAUCCGCACUGACAGGAGAGGAAACAGUACCGGCCUCGGCGCUAAUAAGGAAAAUUGAAUAUAGAAGUGUUAUCGACUGGAAACACUUUCUUCCCACCCUAUUUCUGUGCUUUUCCAGCCACCAGAAGGGUAAAUACACUCAGUGACCAGGGUUUGGGGAGGGCAGAUGCUCCCUCUGCCGGGUAAAAACCAGCAGAGCACGCUAAAGUUUUAAUUAACCAUUUAAUUAACCGAACCUUAACUGUGGCUCAGCUUACUGAAAACUAAGAAAGUAAAAAUAAACCUGCAGGAAGGUAAAAGCUGUUCUGCACUCAUGAGUUUUGGCACUGGCAGGUGUGUACAAGUGCCACUUAAUCCACUAAAAUUGACUGUUAUUUAUUCCUGGCUGUCGUAUGACUCGAUCCCACACAGGUUUUCACACCUGGUCACCACCACUGCA